UUAUAUCUACAUAGCCAUGGCUUCAACCAUCAGCAUUGUUGCAAGAGAUAGCUUAACCCCAUAUCAAACCCUCUGGCAUGGUGAAACCUUGGUCUCUGAAAACCAAAGAUUUGAACUGAGAUUCUUCAGUCUUGGUUCGUCUGGUCCAGGUUUGAUGUACUUGGGUAUAUGGUACAAGGACAUACCAGGUACAGUAGUUUGGGUGGCCAACAGGAUGAACCCAUUGCCAGUUUCGGCUGGACUAGUUUUCGACAUUAAUGGAAGUCUUGUACUUCAGGAUGUUGCAGGAAACAUUUUCUGGAUUUCUAACACCACAAAGACGGUCCACAGGCCGAUUUUGAAACUCCUGGAUUCAGGCAAUCUUGUUGUUAGAGGAAGUAGAAAUCUGCCGGAUGAUGGGAAUUUUUGGCAGAGUUUUGAUUAUCCAGGUGAUACAUUGUUGCCUGGAAUGAAGCUGGGGUGGGACCUCAAAGCUGGCCUGGAUCGCAUGAUGACAUCGUGGAAGAACAUUGAUGAUCCAUCGUAUGGUGAGUUUUUGUUGAGCUUGGAAUCACUUCAGUCACCCCAGUUGGUUCUAAAAAGGAAUUUGAUACACCAGGCUAGGUGGGGACCGUGGGACGGAAAAAGAUUCAGUGGUAGCAACGCUUUUAGGACUAAUCCAGUGUUCAAGGCCAUGUAUUAUGUCAAUGCUGAUGAGGUUUAUUACACAUAUGAAGUCCUCGAUGAUUCGACUAUACUUAGGCUUGUGAUGACUCCAUUGGGUAACAUUCAGUUCCUCCAAUGGAAGAAUAAGUCUAGGGAAUGGAUUUCAAUAGUGUCUCUUAAUAAAGACAGUUGUGACCGGUAUGGAUCAUGUGGACCUUAUGGAAUUUGUGACGCGGAUGAUCCAAGUUGCCAAUGUCUGGAUGGCUUCACUGCAAAUUCACCGAAGGACUGGUGGAGGAUGGAUUGCCGUGGCGGCUGCAGGCGGAAUUAUGAGCUGAAUUGUAGUGAUGGAGAUGGGUUCGUGAAGUUUAAGGGAUUGAAGUUGCCAGAUAAUUCAACUGUGUGGCGUAGUUUGAGCUCUGAGGAAUGUGGGAACAAGUGUUUGGAGGAAUGUAAUUGUAUGGCUUACACUAAUUUAGAUGUAUAUGGAAAUGGCAGUGAAUGUGUAGUCUGGUUGAGUGACCUGUUUGAUAUUCGAAAUUUUCCUCAUGGUGGGGAUGAGCUGUAUAUACGGAUGGCACAUGGCGAACUAGGUAUGUAUCAAUAA